AUGGCGUGUCACGACAAUAGUCACGCUCCGUGGAGCUUUUCUUACCUCAUCAUCUGCGCCCUGCUCGCGCUGCUCGUCGCGCCUGCAUUGGCGAAGCGGCCAACGAAGGAUGAGUUCGUCGACGAGUUGAAAAAGGCAAACGAAGCGCUCAAGGACCCCAAGUACAACGGCAAAUACUUCGCCACUACCGCGGCUUUCGACCACCUCAUCCCGGAAUUCGAAAAGGAUUGGGAGCCGAAUGACGAGCAGCUAGACGAGCUCGAGCGCACGACCGCGUUGGUGCCGGACAGCACGGCCAUCCUCUGGGCGAUCCCCGCGGCCGCCGCCGACAUUUUGCGUGGCGGCGCUACUGACCGCAAGGACAUCGAGAACUACGGGCAGUGGGUGCGCGCGAACAUUGUCAAGGGCAUGUUCACAAACGAGGGGCUUAAGAACGCCCAGGAGUUUACAGACAUGAACGGCCGCAGGAUGGGGAAGAGAGAGGAGGUGACGAACCUGCGCACGGGGGAGACGAGGAUGGAGCUCGGCAAGGCGAAUGCAAAGGUGAACGAUCCAGAGAUUUACAAGGGGAAGUUUUUUGUUUUACAUGGAGUGGAUGCGGUGCAGACUCCAAACUAA